AUGCCUGAUAUCAAAAUCGAUUUCGCAGAUUCACAGAUCACAUGGUUUUAUGCCGAUACCUGGACUGUUGAGCAGCUCUGCAAAGAUAUCCAACAAAAGAUCGACAUUAAAAACAAAAUCCAAUUAGGUUUGUUCGGAAGUGUUUUGCAACCGGACAUGCAACUUCUCGAUGCAGUGCUAGUCACAGAUUCGCUUUCCAUUUUGGAUGAAAACGGAGAAUCAACGAUACAAAUUCCAGAAGGCUUCGAGCCAGAUCCUCCUCAUGGCCAGUACAAGGUUUUCACAACAUGCUCCUACGAAUCACUCUACAAAGGCGAAUUAAUGAAGCUUGAUCAAAACCUUGAAUUCAAUCAACAAAGACAAGAGAUCAUUAGCAUAAUCAAAGAGAGAUACAACAAGGAUAACAUCGAUGUACUUAUUUACUUGCCCGGCGCCAUCCUUUACACUACAGGAACAAUCGCAGAUUUUUAUGACUGUCAUCCAUCUGCCAAGAAGAAAUUAUACGUCACAGUCAUCAGUACAAAGAUCUCUGAAUACGCCAGACUCUCAAUUCCAUCCUACUACAGCGAAGUUAAUCCAAAUCCAUGCUGCAUUUCGGAUCCUCAGAAAAUCUUCAGUGUCAGCGUUGUUCACGAACUCGAUCAAACACAGCGUAUUUUUGGCGGUGCUGUCCUUGGUUUACUCUGCAAUACCGAUGCAGAUAUCCUUGAAAAAAGCAUUGGUUGGUUUGAGAAGAAUCUCAGGUUCUCACCAUGCAUCAUUUCUCUUUUCGAGAUGCAGAGCAGAUCACAAGUAAGAUAUCAUCACAUUCUUUCCCUUGUUGCCACAUUAUUUACCAUUGUUGAAACCAUUUUCAAAUCAACAACAAACAUUUGGGAAAGAGUUCUUGAUUUAUUGAAAUACAUUGACAGCCAGUCAAUCAAUUCUCCAUCCAGAGUUUCCAUUGUCAGACAGCCUUUCUUGAAUGAUUCCGCCGGAAGUUAUUUCCUCAAGAACAUCCAAUACUUCCAAAUUUAUGAUCACGUUUGCAAGUAUUCAUCAGAUUUCUCCAAAUCAAUGUCAUUCAUCAAAGAUAUGGAGUGUCCAACAGUGAAUGAAAUCAACCAGUCUCAAUCACGUAUCUUCAGAGUAUUCACUGUUACUGAUGCUAUUACAAAUCCACAUCCAAUGAUCUUCUUAGGAAAUGGAGCUCAUCUUUUAUCUUUGGGAACAUCGUACAUGGAUAAAUCACAGAACCAAAUUGUUUCAAAGAAACUCGUAAAAGUUAUUGAUCCAAGAGAAGGAGAACCACGAGAUAAACCAUUGGAUGAAUUCGCACAACAACUUCGUGAACAAAAAAUUAAAAUUGAAACACCAAGUGAAGUGAAACAAAUCAACAUCAUUUGUAUUGAUACAUCAGGAUCAAUGGGCGGUACAAAGAUUCAAAUCGCUAAGACAUGUUUCAAAGUAAUUGUUAACAGAGCAUAUGAAGUUGGUCCUUCAUCUCUUUGGGGAUUAUACACUUUCAACUCAACUCCUGAAAGAAAACUCAAAUUAUCUCCAAUUCCUGCUGAUUUCCACACACAAGUUGAUAAAUUAGGAGUUAGUGGAUGCACUGCUCUUUACUAUUGCAUCAUCGCAGCAAUGAAUGAAAUAAACGAAAAAGUGAAAUCGGAUAGUUCUUAUAAGAAUGCAUUGAAAAGAAUUAUUGCUUUGACAGAUGGUGGAGAUAACACUUAUUCUCAUAAUACAGCACGUGGAAUUGCAGAUCUCACUAAACAACUCAUUGAUAAUGGAAUCUAUUUGGAUUACAUCGAACUUGGAAAUGUCGGAGACAUGAAAUUACCAAGAAACAUGGCUUAUUACACUGGCGGUGAUUAUUUGAAAUUCACUUCUGAUAUUUUCCAAAGCAGCAGCUCAAGGGUUGAUAUCAGAAAGAUAAGAAGUGUCUUCGAAAGCGAUGGAUUCUUUAAUCUCACGCUCAGAAAGUUUAAUGCUGUAAAGAAAGGUGUCGAAAAUCUUUCUACAAUUAUGCUUGAAGAUCGCAGCCCAAUCAUGAAGAUUCCUGUCAAGAAUUUCAACUACAUGGAUAAAGAUUUAAUGACAUUGACAACAGCCAUUUAUGAGAUUGAACAAAAGGAUUCAAUCACUACUCUCGAGAAGGAGAUAUUAACUAAUCUCCAGGACUGUGCCGCACAUUUCAAUUCUCAGAAACUCGAAUCAAAGAAAUUUCACAUUUUCGUUGCCAAAAACACGGAAUUUAGGAAUUGGAAUUUGUACUUGAGAGCAAAGAAAGAUUCUCCAUACGGUCCAAACAAAUGGCUCAAGCUCGCUGUCAUUAUUCCUGAAGGAUUCCCAGUAACAAGUCCUGAGAUAAGAUUCUUGACAGUUCCAAGACAUCCGAAUAUUACUAUCGAUGGAUCAAUUAACAUCGAUGUUUUGAGGUCAAGACACAACUCAAAUGUCACAAUUUACUUCGCAUUGUUGGCAAUAAGGAAUUUGUUAUCGAAGCCCAAUUUCGAUAGCAUACAGAACAUGGAAGUCUUUGAUGCUGUUGAGAAUUUGUCAAACAAGAUUGACGCAAUUACUGAUAAGAACUUCAAAGGUGAAGUUUUGCCAAACAUCAAAGACGAUGUUCCUGAAAACGCUGCCAUCAACUUCGGUGUCGGAAAGACCGUCAAGCCUGAGUUUUGCGAUCCAUUCACUUUCAGAUGGAUGAGAGAACCUGUUUUGGCUUCAUCAGGAAACUACUUCGAUAAAGGUCCUCUUCUCACAAAGAUCAAACAAUCAAACAGUGCUUUGAUCGAUCCAUUGAAUGGAAAGCCAAUAACAAUCGACGAGCAGGCUCAAGUCGAUAAGAUUAUGCUUGGAAACAUAAGAGAAUACAUGGUUAAGCAUUUCGGUGCUAAGAACGUUCCAAUUUAA